AUGAAUUCUGCAAGGGAUACAUUUGGUCACAGCAGGCACACUUCAACCACAGCUGCUGGAAAUUAUGUUGAAGGUGUCACAUACUUUGGCUAUGCUUCGCGGACAGCCAGAGCUGCGGUUGCCCUGCAUGCCAGAGUAGCCAUGUAUAAGGUCUUGUGGAAGGAAGGGGAAAACGCUUCUGACUUUCUUGCUGGUAUGGACCAGGGUGUUGCUGAUGGUGUCGAUGUAAUAUCGAUUUCUAUGGGUUUUGAUGAUAUUCCUUUAUAUGAGGAUCCUAUUGCGAUGGCUUCAUUUUGUGCCAUGGAGAAGGGUGAGCUGGUUUCUUGUUCAGCAGGAAAUGAUGGUCCACGUCUUGGAAGUUUACACAUUGGGAUUCCAUUGGUCUUGACAGUUGCAGCUGGCUCAAUAGACUGUUGGUUUGUUGGAACAUUGACUUUGGGGAAGUUAACCAUCUCUGCGUGGAGCAUGUUCCCUGCAAGAGCCGGUGUGGCAAAUGAGAGGCUCAUUUACAACAAAACCAUAUCUGUUUGUAAUUCAACUCAGUUGUUACCUACAGACCCAUACCCAAGCGGAAUCAUCAUGUGUGAUAACACUUGGCCAUUCCGUAAACAAAUAGCCACUAUUGUUAAAUCGGAUUUGUUGUGGGUAUCUUCAUCUCUGAUGACCCUGAAAUCUGAGUACAAGUUCUUCCCUUUUCCUGGAGUUGUAAUUAACUCGAAGGAUGCAUAA